AACCCGGUCCAGACUCAACCCUACAAGCUCCACAAGUAACCCAAAACCUUUUCAAGGCGGUACACCUCUUCACUCCUCCAACGUUCCACCGAGCUCCCUCACCCCCUCUCUUUCUCUCUCUCUCUCUCUGGAAGAAGAAGAAGAGGAGCUUGAGUUGAGCGAAACCCUAAGCAAUGGCGACGCCAUCGCAUGCACAGGCGGUGAAGUCACUUAACAAAUCCCCGGGCCGCCGCCGUUUUGUUUUCAGGACGUUCUCUCAGAGGGUAGAAGAGAUUGAUAUCGAUGUCUUCCGGAACCUCGACAAAGUGAAGGCUGAUCCCUCAGAGGGGUCAUCCUUUUUCCGGGACUGCCUCAUGGAAUGGAGGGAAUUGAAUACUGCAGAGGAUUUCAUUUCGUUUUACGAGGAAAUGUUGCCCUUGGUACAAACAUUGCCGUUGGUUUUAUUGCACAAGGAGUUAAUAUUAUCGAAACUUCUCUCUAGAUUACAAAUGAAAGCAAGGCUAUCUCUUGAGCCUAUUCUUAGGUUAAUUGCAGCUUUAUCUAGAGAUCUCUUGGUGGAUUUUGUUCUUUUUCUGCCAAGGAUUGCUGAUUCUUUAGUGUUUCUUCUAGAAAGUGGUGUUGACAGGGAGCCGGAGAUUAUUGAGCAGAUUUUUACAUCAUGGUCAUAUAUUAUGAUGUAUUUGCAAAAGUAUUUGAUACGCGACCUUGUGUAUGUGCUCAAGGUUACGGUAAAACUAAGAUUUUAUCCCAAGGAUUAUGUCCAAGAAUUUAUGGCAGAGGCAACAUCUUUCUUGCUUAGGAAUGCACAAGAUGAGCAGCUACAGGAUGGUAUUAAAAAGAUAAUGAUUGAAGUCAUGAAGAAACCAUUACCUGCCAGAAAAUUUGGCGCUAGCACUUUACUUUUUUAUGUUUUGAGAGGGGCCUCAUCAAGGUUCCACUCAAAAGCAAAGCGAGUAUUACGGUUACUGAUGGACAGUACGAUACUUGGUUCAGACUCUGUUGUUGAAGUUGUGAUUACUGCAUUUCGAAGACUGUGUGAGGAGAUAGAGCCGAAGGAGUUGGACUUGAUCUCGAAAUGCUUAUAUCAGAAAAUUAAUGACUGUGUAACAAAUGGAUGCAUUUUGCAUUUAAGUCGCCUUUUAUCGCUGCUUAUUUCCAUUGUUCAGAUUCAUAAUGGGCGAAAGUUUUAUGAUUACCAAUCGUUGCUUGAACAUGUGGGGUUUCUUGUGCAAAUAUUUGUCAUGUCUUCUGGCUUUGGGAAGGCAGAGGUUCCCGAAACAGAAGUUAUUGAUAAGGUUCUUGAAUUGAUGAUAUGUAUUCUCAAUGGGCUCCACAAUUUUAAUAAUAUGCCAGCUAUCUCUAGCUGUUCAUUGCAAUGGGCUCCUGUAUUCACGUUAAGGAACUCGAGUUUGCUGACAUUUAUUAAAGAACUACUGCAGAAGGACCCUUGCAUAGUAUAUGUUUUCGCAGUUAACAUCUUAAGUGCAAUGAAGAAUUUGAUAAAGACUUCGCAAGAAGAAGUCAUAUAUUUGUUACUGUCCUUCUUUGACGUAAUAGAAGUGAAUGGGCAAGAGCCCAACUUCUUAGAUGGCAUGAAGAGUUUGAUAGAGACUUCGCAAGAAGAAGUCAUAUAUUUAUUACUGUCCUCCUUUGAAGUAAUGGAAGUGAAAGUGCAAGAGCCCAACUUCCUAGAUGGCACAUUUGGAAAAGAGUUUCCAAAGAUGCAGGAGGCUAUCAGCCGUUGGAUUCGGGAAAUAAACGUUAUUGUGCAUGGUGAUCCAUCAUCUUCUCAUAUUCCUGAGACUAAGUUGGCUCUUCUGUGGGGAAUAAUUAGAUGCUUGCCUCAUAUGAUUAAUUUCCAAGAGAGGUCAUCCUGUAUAAUGAAUUUGAUAGAUGCACUUGAUCAGCUACCGUUGACUGAAGAUGGUUGCCUAGCAGGUCUUCCUAAACAAGCCUGGCAAAGCGUACUUGGUGCUGCUUUGAGUUCUUAUAAUAAAUCACAUAAUGCUGAAAAAUCUGGGCCUGAAGAAACAAGUAAAUUUUUGCAUCUAGCAAAAAGAUACAGAUCAUCUUCACAAGUAUUGUCUGCUGUUGCUGAUUAUUUGGAUUCUGUGUAUGGGCCUACAUCGGAAGCAAACAGUUGCAAUAGAAAGUAUCAUCCGGAACUUUCAGUGGAGAAUGCUGUGGAUGCAUUAAGCAUCUUUGCUGAUAAUUUGCACCACUCAAAUAGGGGGAUGCGCGUUUCAACUCUUAAAAUAUUGUGUCACCAUGAACUUCUAAGCUGUGUAGAUUCUACAAAUGAUCAAUCGGUUGAGAAGCAAAUGAAAACUGAAGUUUCUCAGACAUCCCUUGUAGAUAGUCAUGGCAAUAAUGUUCUUCAGUUGCUUCUCUCAAUCGAGGAGACUCCGCUUUCAAUUUCUACCAGCCGGAAAGUGAUCCUAUUGAUUUCUAGAAUACAGAUGAAUCUCUCUGCGGGCAGAGUACCUCAAGCCUAUGCGCCCCUCGUUUUGAGCGGGAUAGUUGGUAUAUUGAAUAACCGUUUUAGUUAUCUUUGGAAUCCAGCAUUGGAGUGCCUUGGAGUUUUGAUGAGCCAGCAUGCUCGACUUGUAUGGGAUGACUUUGUUCGUUAUCUUGAGCAAUAUCAGUCAAUGUUUCAUACAUCCCCUGAACUAGACAGAGGGAACUCUAAACUUUAUGACGAGUCAAGUGAUCUUGUCCAUCGUUUUCGUUCGUUUGUUACUCCAGAAUCUGAUAGCACUCCAUGUGCAACGGUAUUGUCCUUGUUGCUGCAAUCAUUACAAAAGAUUCCAAAUGUUAUAGAAUCUCAGUCUCUGGAGUUAAUUGAUUUGUUCUCAAAGUUUCUGGGCUAUAAGCUGAAUGAUCCUGUAAGUGCUUGUAAAGGCAAAGAGUGGAAGGUUGUCCUUAAAGAAUGGUUAAACUUGCUGAGAUCAAUGCGGAACCUGAGAUCUUUUUAUCAGAGUCAAUAUCUUAAAGAAGUUCUGCAAAACAGGCUUCUGGAUGACAAUGAUGCUGAAAUCCAGAUGAAGGUUCUUGAUUGCCUAUUAAUUUGGAAGGAUGAUUUCUUACUCCCAUAUGAUCAGCAUCUGAAAAAUUUAAUAAGCUCCAAAUAUUUGCGAGAGGAGCUAACAACAUGGAGUUUGUCCAAAGAAUCUAAUCAGAUUGAAGAAGAACACAGAGCUUAUCUUGUGCCUAUAGUUAUCCGUCUUCUGAUGCCAAAAGUUAGAAAAUUGAAGACACUUGCCUCGCGAAAGAAUGCAAGUGUUCAUCUCCGAAAGGCAGUUCUUGGUUUCAUUGCUCAACUUGAUGUUGAGGAGCUUCCUCUUUUCUUCGCAUUGUUAAUAAACCCAUUGCAAAUAAGUUCUAAAGAAACUGAUAGUACGUCGUGGACUUCAUGGGAAAAUUCUAUGGAUCAAUUUCGAGCAUAUAAUUUCUUAAAGUAUUUCACCGUGGAUAAUAUAAUAGCCCUGUCUUGGAAGAAGAGAUAUGGUUUUCUGCAUGUGAUUGAAGAUGUUCUAGGAGUUUUUGAUGAAUUUCAUCUCAGACCUUUUCUUGAUCUUUUAAUGGGAUGUGUUGUUCGGGUGCUGGGAAGCUGCACAUCAAGCAUUGACGUUGCAAAGUGCAAUGGAGUCUCCUCACUUGAAGAUCACUCUAACGCUGAUCUCACUGUACUUGAGAAAGACAGUGCAUCAGCAAGUGAUGUCCGGACCAGCAGUGCUGUGAAGCAGUUCAAAGCUUUAAGGUCUCUAUGCCUGAAAAUCGUUUCUCUUGUCCUCAAUAAGUAUGAAGAUCACGAAUUUGGUUGCGAGUUCUGGAACCUAUUCUUUGCAUCUGUGAAACAUUUAGUGGACGGUUUCAAACAGGAGGGUUCCAGUAGUGAGAAACCAAGUUCACUGUUCUCUUGCUUUGUUGCUAUGAGUAGAAGCCACAAGCUUGUAUCACUCUUGAGUAGGGAAAAGAAUCUUGUCCCUGAUAUAUUUUCCAUAUUGAGUGUCACGUCAGCUUCUAAAGCUAUUGUAUCAUGUGUUCUUACCUUCGUUGAGAACCUGUUGAACCUUGAUAGCGAAUUAAAUGAUGAAGAAGAUUCUACAAAGAUAGUCCUACUUCCAAACCUUGAGGCGCUUAUCUGCAGCUUGCAUUGUCUUUUCCAAAGUGAUAGUGCAGCCAAGAGGAAGUUGGUCAAAUGUCCUGGGGAGAGAGAAAUAAGAAUUUUCAAAUUAUUAUCUAAGUAUAUAAAGGAUCCGUUGCUAGCAACAAAAUUUGUAGACAUCUUGGUCCCAUUCAUAACAGAAAGAGCUAAAAAUUGUGAUCUUUAUUCGGAAGCUGUGCAAGUCAUUCGAGAUAUUGUCCCAAUGUUAGGGAGCCAUAGUACUAAAAAAAUUCUGACAGCAGUUACCCCGCUACUUGCUUCUGUUGAACUGGAUAUGCGGCUGUCUAUUUGUGAUCUUCUUGAUUCACUUGCUGAAGCCGAUCCUUCUGUCCAGUGUCUGGCCAAAAUUGUUCGUAAAUUGAAUGCAACCUCUACUACAGAAAUGGGUAGCCUUGAUUAUGACGCUAUCGUGGAUGGUUAUAAUGAGAUUUGUAUUGAUUUCUUCUAUACUGUUCCUGAGGAUCAUGCAUUGGUCAUUUUAUCACAUUGUGUGUAUGAUAUGUCAUCUGAAGAAUUGAUCUCAAGGCAUAGUGCUUAUGGGUCACUGCUCUCGUUUGUUGAAUUUUCUGCCCAAAUCCUUGGCCAAGAAGGAAAAGGUCACCAAGAAAUUACUUGUAAGAUGAUUACGCAUGAUGAUGGUUGUUGGACUAGAGCAUCUAUUCAGCGUGUAACAAUCAAGUUUCUUUUGAAGCAUAUGGGGGAUGCAUUGAGCAGAGAAACUACAGUGAAGAAGGAAUGGAUAAAUUUACUACGAGAAAUGCUUAUGAAACUACCAGAAGUAGCAAAUCUUAAUUCGUUAAGGGCUCUGUGCAGUAACGAUGCUGAAGUAGAUUUUUUCAACAAUAUUGUUCAUUUGCAGAGGCAUAGGAGAGCAAGGGCAUUGUCGCGUUUUAGGAAUGUUAUCAGUACAAGCAACAUGUCAGAGGAUAUUUUAAAUAAAGUUUUUGUGCCGCUCUUUUUUAGUAUGUUGUUUGAUAAACGAGAAGGAAAUGGAGAACAUGUUAGAGUUGCGUGCAUAGAGGCCCUUGCUUCAGUUUCUGGUCAUGUUGAAUGGAAGUCAUACUAUGCGUUACUGGUUAGAUGCCUCCGAGAGAUGACUAGGAAUCCAGACAAGCAAAAGCACUUAUUGAGGCUAACUUGCUCCAUAUUGGACAAAUUUCAUUUUUCAGAAAUUCAUAAUAACCAAAAAGCCAAUGACUCUGUGGAGAAUGCUUCUGAUGCUAGGACAAUUGGUAGUUGUUCUUCCACUAUGGUAACUGAGAUACAGAGAUGCCUUCAUAAAACUGUGCUCCCAAAGAUACAUAAGCUACUCAAUUCUGAUUCUGAUAAGGUCAAUGUUAACAUCAAUCUUGCUGCCCUUAAACUACUAAAGUUGCUCCCUGGGGACAUAAUGGACUCACUGCUUCCUAGCAUCAUUCAUCGUAUUUGUAACUUCUUAAAGAAUCGGUUGGAAAGCAUACGUGACGAAGCUAGGUCUGCUUUGGCUGCUUGUUUGAAGGAGCUUGGGCUGCAAUACCUGCAGUUUAUAGUUGGGGUUUUGCGAGCUACCUUGAAACGAGGAUAUGAGCUGCAUGUAUUGGGAUACACACUCAAUUUCAUCUUGUCCAAGUCCAUUUCAAUUCCAAGUAGUGGGAAGUUGGAUUACUGUUUGGAAGAUCUCCUUUCAGUAGUAGAGAAUGACAUUCUUGGAGAUGUUGCUGAGGAAAAAGAAGUGGGAAAGAUUGCUUCAAAAAUGAAAGAAACUAAAAUGCGACAGUCUUUUAAAACCCUGGAAUUGAUAGGCCAGAGUAUAACAUUCAAAACUCAUGCCUUGAAGCUUCUUUCGCCUGUUACAACACAUUUGCAGAAGCAGCUCACGCCAAAAGUCAAAACUGAAUUGGAAAAAAUGUUAACUCACAUAGCUGUUGGUAUUGAACGAAAUCCAUCUGUAGAUCAGACUGACCUGUUCAUCUUUGUAUAUGGCCUCAUUGAAGAUGGGAUUAAACACGAAAAUGGUCAGCGCGAACAUUCAUUAGUCGCAGAGGCAAAGAAACAUCAUAGGAAGGACUUGAGAGAGAAAAGAAUAACUUCAGGCCGACUUGUCAACGUAUCUUCACAUCUUCUUAUUGUGUUUGCUCUCAGGAUGUUGCAUAAACGUACAACAAGUUUGAAACAGGGAAAAAUUGAGCACGUUUUAUCAAUGUUGGAUCCUUUUGUCACACUUCUAGGGAGCUGCUUGGCUUCCAAGUACGAAGAUAUUUUAUCUGCGUCCCUUAGUUGCCUCACUUCAUUGGUCAGGCUGCCUUUACCAUCCCUUGAAUCUCAAGCUGAUAAAAUGAAGGAGGCAGUCUUUGAUAUUGCACAUAGUUCGGUAACUUCAAGCAGUCCUCUAAUGCAGUCGUGUCUAAGAUUGUUGGUUGUACUUCUGCGGAGCACCAGUAUCACCCUUUCAUCAGAUCAGUUACAUCAGUUAAUUCAGCUUCCUCUGUUUGUUGAUCUUGAAAGGGAACCUUCUAAUCUUGCCCUUUCAUUGCUAAAGGCAAUUGUUAAUCGCAAGCUAGUUGUUCCUGAGAUUUAUGAUCUUGUAACUCAAGUUGGGGAAUUGAUGGUGACCAGUCAAGUGGACUCAAUUCGCAAGAAAUGCAGUCAAAUUUUAUUACAGUUUUUACUUGAUUAUCAGCUUUCAGUAAAACGUUUGCAAGAACAUCUAGAUUUUCUGCUUUCAAAUUUAAGAUAUGAGCAUUCAUCUGGAAGAGAAGCUGUGCUUGAAAUGCUUCAUGCAAUCAUUGUCAAAUUUCCAAGUAAAAAUGUGGAUGAGCAAUCGCAGACAUUAUUUGUGCAUUUGGUGGUUUGCUUAGCCAAUGAUGAGGAUAAUAGGGUUCGUUCCAUGACUGGUGCAGCUAUAAAGAAGCUCAUUGGGUGUGUAAGCUCACAUUCACUUCAUUCCAUUCUUGAGUACACAUUGUCUUGGUAUUCGGAAGAGACACAGCAACUGUGGAGUGCUGCUGCACAGGUCUUGGGAUUACUAGUUGAGGUCAUGAAGAAAAAAUUUCAAAUACAUGUUAAUAGGGUACUGCCAGUGACCAGAAAAAUUUUACAGUCUGCCAUCAGUAGGCAACUAGAUGUUUCUGAGGAAACUGCUGUUGCUUUCUGGAAAGAGGCAUAUUAUUCACUUGUUAUGUUGGAGAAGAUGCUACAUCAGUUCCGUGAUUUGUGCUUUGAAAGUGAUCUUGAGGAAAUCUGGGAGGCAAUCUGUGAGUUGCUUUUGCACCCACAUAUGUGGCUACGCCACAUAUCAAGUCGCCUCAUAGCCCUGUACUUUGCCCGUGUAAUAGAAGCUCAGAAAGAAAAUGAAGAAAAAGCAUUUGGAACUUAUUUUCUUAUGAAGCCAAGUAGACUUUUUCUUAUAGCUGCUUCCCUCUGCUGCCAAUUGAAGACACAACUAACUGAUGAUGCUGCCAGCAACCUGAUAACACAAAAUAUUGUGUUCGCAAUAUGUGGUGUGCAUUCUUUGAUGGGACAGAUGGAGUACGUGGAUUCUCCCAAGUUCUGGUCUACCCUUGAACAGCAUGAGCAAGGCCGUUUUCUUAAAUCUUUCGAAUUGCUUGAUUCAAGAAAAGGAAGAAGCAUGUUUUUGUCUCUUUCAUCUGGUGUAUGCAAUCAAAAGGAACAAGCUCAGUCCAAGGAUAUUCGAUACUUGAUAAUUUCGUAUUUGCUUAAAAGAAUGGGAAAGGUUUCCCUUCAAAUGGAGGCUAUUCAGAUGAAAAUUGUAUUCAAUAGUUUUUCAAAAAUUUCAUUAGAAAUCAGUCAGGACAAUUGCCUCCAUUAUGCAUCUCAAAUGUUGCAGCCGCUAUAUAAAGUUUGUGAAGGGUUUGCUGGGAAAGUGAUCCCUGAUGAUAUGAAGCAAUUGGCACAAGAAGUUUGUGAAACUAUGAAGAAAAUUUUAGGUCAGAACUUUGUACAAGUUUACAGCGAGAUCAGGAAGAAUCUCAAGGCAAAAAGGGAUAAGAGGAAACAAGAAGAAAAGCUUAUGGCUGUUGUCGAUCCAAUGCGCAAUGCCAAGAGGAAGUUGAGAAUUGCCGCUAAGCAUCGUGCCAAUAAGAAAAGGAAGAUAACGGCGAUGAAAAUGGGAAAAUGGAUGCAAAAGAAACGAAGGACAAUGUGAAAGAAAAAUAAAUAGUAGUAUUUUUAAUAUGUAUAUAAUCUGUAAAUAUUUAUAUAUACAUUUAUCAAAUGUGACUAUCCAUCUACCUACUGGCAUCGUUGUACUAUUUACAUUAAUUUUUCAGCGAGCUGAUCUGUCUUUUUUUUACCCCGCAA